AGAAUAUAAAAGGUAGCUUGUGACACUCUGGAGGAGGAGGAGAGCGAAGACGAUGACGUAGGCACGGAAAUGAAGAUUCUGCGGGGACACUGUGGCCCAGUGUAUAGCACACGGUUCCUCGCGGACAGCUCAGGGCUGCUCUCUUGUUCUGAAGAUAUGUCCAUCAGGUACUGGGACCUGGGGAGCUUCACCAACACUGUGCUGUAUCAGGGACAUGCCUACCCUGUGUGGGACGUGGACAUCAGCCCCUACAGCCUGUACUUUGCCAGUGGGUCCCAUGACCGUACCGCCAGGCUGUGGUCUUUUGAUCGGACGUACCCGCUGAGGAUAUAUGCGGGGCACCUGGCAGAUGUGGACUGUGUCAAAUUCCACCCCAACUCAAACUACUUAGCUACUGGCUCCACUGACAAAACUGUUCGUCUAUGGAGUGCCCAGCAGGGGAACUCAGUGCGGCUUUUUACAGGUCACCGAGGCCCCGUGCUCUCCCUCUCCUUUUCUCCCAAUGGUAAGUACUUGGCAUCUGCUGGUGAGGACCAGCGGUUAGAGUUGUGGGACUUGGCCUCUGGGACACUUUUUAAAGAACUGAGAGGCCACACGGACAGCAUCACCAGUCUGGCCUUUAGCCCGGACAGCGGUCUGAUUGCUUCUGCCUCCAUGGACAACUCUGUACGCGUCUGGGACAUCAGAAGCACGUGCUGCAACACACCAGCUGACGGCUCUUCUGGGGAGCUUGUGGGCGUGUACACUGGGCAGAUGAGCAACGUCCUGAGUGUACAGUUCAUGGCCUGCAACCUCCUCCUAGUGACUGGAAUCACACAAGAGAAUCAAGAACAUUAAGUUUUGAUCCAGGUGGAAGACUGGGUGGGGCUGGAAGAGUGGUCACAGUCCAGGACGUGCUAAAACUGAAUCAGUGAUUGCAAAAGAGCCUUCCCCUACCCCACAUGCACUCUACACAGCCCUGGUGCAUAAGACUCCAGUUGAGAGCUGGGAAGCUCCCCCCAGGCCUGAGGCCUCCUGCUUCAUGCAGGCAUCCUGCUUUUGCAUCUGUCUCUUCCCAGUGGGUGUACUGGACAGCUGCAGAACUCUCCCUAUAGCAGCUGUAGACAGUCUCUCCUGUGGCUGCCCCUUGAGGGAAGUGGGGACAAAACCAGGAUUUUUAUUAUAUAAUUAAUUUUAUUAUUGAGAAGAGGAAACCUAGCACUGGCAGCAAGUGACUCCUGGCACUGGCUAUAAUACUUGGAAUUUUGAGGUUCAGGGAAUUUAGACUCUGGUGGCCCAGUGUAUCAGGAGAAAGGGGCACCAUAACCAUAUGCUGUGCUUCUGUGGGCAGGCAGGCAGGUAGCGACUGAGCAUGGGCUCCUGCAGUGAUGGUGGCAGAGGUGGUUCUUCCAUUGGCUGCACUUUUGUCAGCCUUUAUACCCUGGGGAGAAGCACUAUGGUGGGCAGAGGGUGAGCCUCAGCGCUGCGCCAGUCACCUAGGGUUCCAGCCCUACACCAUCAACAAAUUAUGAUAAAGAGUAAUUUUGAAUAAGUCACAAGAUAGACAAGAAAUGCUGGAUUUAAAGAUAACUUUUUGUGGCUUGUUGGUCUUUUUUUCUCCCUCAAUGACCUGCUUCCACCUCACUGCAGUGUUGAUAGUGAACGGGAUGAAUCAUGAGUGCACACUCAAAAAUAUCGACCAUGCUUUAAGGACAAAGCAAGUUCUGAUGUCUGCUAAAGGAUUAAAUAUUUCUGUUUUCUGAAAAGAGUUAUUUUGUAUUUUGUUUUCUAUUAAAAUGUAUUUAGUUUCAAAAAAAAGAAUAUAAAA